CACGGUAUUGCCGAAGAUGGCGGAGAGUUUGUAGAGGCUUUAAAGAAGCUGGUGCAGUCAAUGAAAGCGUCGAAGCCGGAGAUGUUGAGAAGUCACGCAGGCCCUGAAUGGAGUUUGACUGGGACUCAUUCUGCCUGAGGUGCUGAUAUGUGCUGAAGAUGAGUGGCGUAGGAGACAACUUGUUAGAGCCGCUGUGCUCCGACCGCAAACGCAAACUGUCCAGCUGCGACACGCCGGGUCUGGGGUGUGACAAGCGUCGGAGGGAGCAGGAGAGCAAAUACAUCGAAGAGCUGGCAGAGCUCAUCUCCGCCAACCUCUCCAACAUCGACAGCUUCAACGUCAAGCCUGACAAAUGUGCCAUUCUCAAGGAGACCGUGAGGCAGAUCAGGCAAAUAAAAGAGCAAGGAAAGAGCUCUUGCAAUGACGACGACGUGCAGAAAGCAGAUGUGUCCUCUACUGGUCAGGGGGUCAUUGACAAGGACCAUCUGGGGCCCCUGCUCUUGCAGGCGCUGGACGGCUUUCUGUUUGUGGUCAACCGAGAGGGCAGCAUCGUGUUCGUGUCUGACAACGUGACGCAAUACCUGCAGUACAAGCAGGAGGAGCUGAUCAACACCAGCGUGUACAACAUCAUCCACGAUGAGGACAGGGACGAGUUUCGCCGGAACCUGCCCAAGUCUAGUGCACCAAACGGGGCACCUUGGGGUGGAGAUGUGCCCCAACAGAAAAGCAGAACCUUUAGCUGUCGUAUGCUGGUGAACCUGGUUUAUGGUCAGAGUCAUGGGUUGCCUGAAGAGAGACCAGGCAGCCAGCGUUACGAGACGAUGCAGUGUUUUGCUCUCACUCAGCCUCGAGCCAUGAUGGAGGAGGGAGAUGAUUUACAGUCGUGUAUGAUCUGCGUAGCGCGACGAAUCACGGCGGUUGAGCGGACGGAGAGGUUCAGCACUCGCCACGAGCUCUCUGGUAAGCUGAUUGAAAUUGAACAUCAGAGCGCUCUGCACACCUCGAUGCUUCCAGGGUGGGAAGACCUGGUGAGGCGCUGCAUGCAAAUGUUCCUUAACAGAAGUGAAGGACAGCCGUGGUCGUACAAACGCCACUAUCAAGACGCUUUCCAUAACGGACACUCAGAGACGCCUCUCUAUCGCUUCUCCCUCUCUGACGGGACGCCAGUCACGGCCCGGACACGGACCGAGCUCUGCAGGAAUCCCAACACGAAUGAGCCACUCUCUUUCCUCUCCACUCACCUGCUGCAAAGGGAGCACAGUGCUUAUCGCGGAACACAGAGCGGCCCCAUGAGGCCUCAAAACAUGGGCGUGAACAACCCCAGCCAGCAGAUGAACAUGGGUCCAGGGGGGAACAUGGGCAUGAACAGGGGCUACGGCAUGGCGGAGCACGGCAACAUGCCGCAAAGAGCAGGCCCCCCUUACUCCGUCGGCGGCCGCAUGAAUCCCAUGAACCACAUGAACCACAUGAAUCCCAUGCACCAGAUGAACAACAUGGGUCAGAUGAAUCAGAUGAAUUCCAUGCAUUCGAUGAACACGAUGAACCAAAUGGGGUCCGUGAACCAGGUGAAUGCGAUGGGCCAUCACAGCAGGCAGCAGCAGCAGCACCAGCAGCAGCACCAGCAGCAACAGAUGAGCCAGUUCCAUGGAGGUGCGGCGUUCGGGAUGGGUAUGACCAGCCCCACUCAAGCCAGUCCAGGGAUCAACGGGCCACACAACGUCAUGGGUUCACCCAGAGUCCGAGGAAGCCCCAAGAUGGGCGCCAGUCCCUUCUCUCCUGGAGCUUUAAACUCCCCCAUGAGCUCCAGCCAUACUGGGAACUCUGGAGGCGGAACAGGAGGAGCCAGCUACUCCAGCAGCUCCUUAAAUGCCCUCCAAGCCAUCAGCGAGGGCGUCGGGAACCCGAUGCCCCCAUCUCUCACAUCGCCGCCACAGAGGCCCGACAGCUCCCCGAGCAUAAACUCCACCAAUCAGGCAGCAGGCGGCCCCUGUAAAGCAGGCCCUCCGCCUUAUUCAGAAUCCAAGAGCCCAGGUAGCUCGUUGGGGGGAGAUCAGCAGUCGCAGCAGCACCCACACACCCCGACCGCAGAGGGCCCUCCGGACCGGCCGGACAGCCAGGCGUGCCUUGGAGCCGGAGACUCCAACCGGCGGGCCCCCGACAAGUGCAACAAGAAGCUCCUGCAGCUUCUGACCUCUCCAACAGACGAACUGGUGCAGCCCAGUCAGACGCUCGGCUCAGCGCCCGCUUCCAUGCCCGACGCCAAGGACGGGGCCCCCGGAGUUACCAGCCCGUCCUCGACGACGGGAGUGUCGUCCUCCACCAACGGGAAUCACGGCGCCGUAACGUCGUCCGGGGCAACAAGCCAGUCGCUGCAGGAAAAACACAAAAUCCUUCACAAGCUGCUGCAGAACGGGAACACGCCCGACGACGUGGCCCGCAUCACGGCCGAGGCCACGGGCAAGGGCAGCUUGGACGCGGGGACGCCGGAGCCGGGGCCCGCCGCCGGAGCCGCGGGCGGGAAGGGACCCGAACCCAAGAAGGAGCAGCACAGCCCCAAAAAGGAGAAGCCCCGUCCCCUCCUUCAGUACCUUCUCAAUAAAGACGACUCUAAGGAAGGAGGUGACGUCAAACCAAAGCUGGAGGAUUUGGACAGGAGAGGAAGCAAGGCGGGUGGAGUCAGCAGCUCGGGCCCUCACACCAUGGAUGGGAAGGUGAAGCUGGAGCCGACUGAUGAGACGGAGACUCUGGAGACCAUCUUGGGCGUUCCGCGGAGCAACUCCGGAUUCUAUCCUGAGCCAGACUCCAGAGCUGGGAAGGAAAUGGGACACAAGCAGGGGGCCAUGUCUGACGCGCUACUUGAUGGGGAAAGAGUCCCAGGCCUGGCAGCGCAGCGCGUGCCUUUUCAGAGAGCUUUGUCCCUGGAUGCUAAGCCCAUGGAUGGAGAGACGGCAGCUGGAGGUGGAGGACUGGCAACGAGACAGAACGUCCCCUGUCCGUCGCUGGUUAAACAGGAGAACAUGGAUCCUUCCAUCCGAGCCGGACCAGUGCCCAACGGCUUUCCCGGAGGCAUGGGCGUGUGUCCACCCCGAGGAAACGCAACAAGAGGAAUGGGCAGAGGUAUCCAUCAGCGCCCUCCGAUGGCGGUUCCAGGGGAGUGGGGGAUGCAGAGGCCCAACAGCAACCCUGUGACCGGACCGGGACACCUGGGCAUGGCUCGUCCGGGCCAAAUGGGGUUACCCAUGAUGAACCGCAGCAACAGUGUCCCUGCGAACCCCAGAUCGAUGCUGCAGCAGCAACUCAUGGACAUGGGUAAUAAUGAAGGCGGUAUGGCCAUGAGUCCGUUUGGUGGAAAUGGCCCUCCUCCUCAGUCUCCCUCCUGGCCUGACCCCGCCAUGGGAAUGGACAGACCGCAAAAUUGUACAAACAGGGACACGUUUGUUCAUCCCCUGGAGGAGCUCCUGGGGACUCUGCCCAGUAACGAUGGUCCGACUGAUGAAAGAGCUCUACUGGACCAGCUGGACUCUCUGCUCAAGACCACCGAUGUCAUUGCUCUGCAGGAAAUAGAUCGAGCCCUGGGGAUCCCUGAAAUAGUGGGCCAGGCCCAGGGACCCGAAGGCCCCCAGCAGUGCCCGGAUCCGGUCCAGGGUCCAUGCCUCCCGUCAGAACCCUUUCCAGGCCUUGACUCCUCGAUGAGCUUGGACCAGAAGCCAAUGUAUGGCCAGGCUUACCCGGGCCCCCAGUCGAUGGGAAUGCAGCCUGGUUAUGCAGGUAACUCGAUGCAGGCCCAGUCGCCUGGCGGCUUCAACCCCAUGAUGAAUCAGAUGGGCCAGACCGGAGGCUUCCCUGGCAUGGGGGCCAUGGGCAACCCCCGCGCAAACAUGCAGCGGCCUCGCAUGAUGACCGCCACCAAGCCUCUCCGACUGCAGCUGCAGCAGAGACUACAGGGACAGCAGUUUAUGAACCAGGCACGACAAGGCAUGAAAAUGGAAAACGUCCCUGGAGGAAACCCCGCCAUGCGCUCAGCCAUGCAGCCCGGCAUGCAGUCAGCAGGGAUGACUGGUCAGCCGGGUUUCCUGAGUGCCCAGAUGAUGGCUCAGCGCAACAGGGAGAACAUGAUGAGGAGGCAGAGGAUGAUGAUGAUAAUGCAGCAGCAGCAGCAGCAACAGCAGCAGCAACAGAGUCAAGCGGCGGCAGGAGGCUUCAGUCCUCCUCCUAACGUCACAGCACCAGGGGGCAUGGAGAGUCCCAUGGGAGGACCCCCGAUGAAUCAACCCGGACAGCAGGGAUUUAACUACGGAAGUAGCUACGGGAUGAACCAGCAGGGGGACUCGACAUUCAUGGCUCCCGGCAGCAGCCCGCCAGGAAAUAUGAUGCAAAGCCGAAUGGGAGGGCCUCCACAGAACGCCAUGAUGGCGGGGAUACAGGGGAAUCCCCAGGGAGGGCACAUGUACCCGUCUGGAGACAUGAAAGGCUGGCCACAGGGAGGAAUGCAGAGAAAUAACCCUUAUUCUCAGCAACAGUUCCCACAGCAGGCCAACCAGGGCCAGUUUGGGCCCAUGAUGAUGAACCCCACAAUGAGUGGACCCGGACCAGUCAGUGGCCCAGCAGCAGGACAGAUGGCUCAGAUGCAAGGCCAGAUGGGGAUGAACCCAAUGGGGAUGAACAGACUGCCAAUGGGACCCGAUCCGAAGUUCUGCUGAGGACCUCUGGCGGACUCUUCCAGCUGGGACAGCGUGGGCUGGACCAGGACGCCCCAGACGGUAGAUAUCCCCCCCAUCGGCCCCUACUCCCUCUUCUUGCUAAAGAAAGUAAGAAACGAUGACUCAGAAGCCUGGGUACAGUCAGGUAACCUGGGACUGUACUGCAAUAAAGGAAGUGGGCCACAGAGACUGCUUUGUGCAAACUUUUUAUUCCAAGUCGGAGCCUUGGAAGCACAAAAUCGACCCGUGUCUGUUUGGGCGGCAGUAUUCAGCGCCGCAGCCAGGAUACAGAAUAGGACUACGGUACGACUGGCUGCGGCUGCACUUUACCAGGAAGCCCUUUUGUUUCUGGAGGCGGGCGAGAGGUGGAAAAAAAAAAAAAAGGUGGAUGCAAUAUUCCUUCAUCUUUGCAGCCUUACUAGAGAUUCAAUGCCUUUACAACAGUUUUAGUUUGUUUUGUUUGCUUUUUUUCCUUAGCCUUUAAAUGCACCUCAUUCUUAAGUCAUUGGAAGCUUAUAAGCACACAGUUUACUAAUAAUGUUAUGCAGAUUGGAGCAAUAAUUCUUGCCUCUAAGCUUUCGACUGUAACUGAGCAUCAUAAUCCAUGUUUUUAAGAGAAAAAAACCCAACAAAAAAACGAAUGGUACUGCAGUAUUAGAUGUCUCGUCUGUCUUCUGUGAAUAUGAAUUGUAAAUAGUGGAGAAAUAUAUAUCAGCCCUGCUUUUUAUAGGCCCGUUCUUGCACACACACAAAAAAAAAAGAGACCUGGUUGUAUUUUUGUCUCCCAUAGGUCAAAGCUGAUUUGGUUGAUUUUUAUUUGUUUUGUUGGUUUUUUUUACUAUUUGCAACACAUUUGGGUUCCUGUCCUUGUCGUUUCCUGAAUGAUUUUAAUUUCCCCCUUUAUUGGGUGUGUUUCUCAUCUAUUAGCAAGGCACUUUUUUUAAAUAAACGAGGAGCGUCUGCUGUGUUGAAGGUCUGGGUUCGGACACGGUCGGAGGGUUGGUUAAAGUGAAGGAACAAAAAGACACGAACUCGUUAGAGCAAGUUCGUCGAUUUGGUUAGGACACCCCCGCCCCUCCCGUCUCCUUCAAGCUGCAGUGUGUUUGUUUUUCAGUUCACGCCAUCUUUGUUUCGACUGUUAUCGACCGGCAGGAUCUACCUUUUCAACACGCGCAAUCCAAAGAUAUUUUUCCACAUCUGUGUAUAGUUUGAGGUUUUUGAUGUACAUUUUUUUAUGAGAUGUGUUAUCUAUUAUUGGAAUGGUAAAUGGGUACAUAUCAUGGAUCUGUUUUAAAUAAAUAAAAAAAUAAAUAAAUAAAAGGAAAAACACAACAUAGGACGGUUCUGGAAAUGGAGGAAAAUGCUCGGCUCAUCAGAGUGAAGAGGACCUGAAACUUUGAACUUGCUGGACGUUUGUUUGGUUCCCCCCCCCCUUCCAUGAAACAAAACGCAUGUAUUUGCUGUGUUCAAGAAAUACCAAUGGAAUGACAUCCACUUUGAAACAUAUCAAUAUUUCUUCUACUUUUCAGGAAGCAGCGUUUGUUUAAGCUGUCCAGACUUUGUUACUUCAAGAAAAAAAAAAAGGAACUUUUCGAGUCGAAUGAAGUGCAAAAGAGACAAAACGUUUUUAGUUUUUCUUCGUUUGGAGGUGGAAUAAGCUGACAUUUUACGGGAUGUAUAUUACAAAUUUUUCUGUUGAUGUUGAUAUUGUUGUAAAUACAAAUUUAUAUUUAAACAUUCUCGACUCUGCGUUCGUAUUUGCGUGCAAAUCAUCUGUUUUUAUUAGUGUGCAUCUAAUAAAAACGUGUUUCCUUCUCA